ACGCCACCCUGCUACUCGCACGCUCUCAUUUCUCUGAGUACAACAACUGGUGAACAGCUGAAGUCCGAGCUUAGACAGACUACAAACUAGAAACUAAAGUCUAACUUAGGACAGAUAAAGCUCGCCUGCUUGUUGGUGAAAGUGCCAAAACAACCGUGCGUAAUUACGCAUAAAAAAACAACAAUGAGUGCCACAGCCGCUAUGGAAGUGAACGCCGAAGCCAGACGGAUCCUGGCCGUGUCGAUAAGCAAGCUGUACGCCUCCAGGACCCAGAGAGGAGGACUGAGACUCCACCGGAGCCUUCUGCUCUCUCUGGUCAUGAGGUCUGCCCGGGACAUCUACCACUCCUCCCGGGAGAACGAGGGGCCAAGCUGCGCGCAGCCGACACCGGAGGAGCCGAUGGACACCGGCUCCAACCCGGGGGAACUAACCGGGCUGCCCGAGCCUCAGCCUGAGCCCCAGCCGGCACUGAACUCAGCCGAGCUGGCCUCAGAAGAGCCCGACUCUGCUGAGGAAGACAGUGAUAGUGAAAUCACAGAGGACAAAGAGAACUUGAGCCCGACGAGGCAGUCCAGGAAACGCCGGGGCAAGGCGUCGGCGGCGCCUGACUUCCUUCCCAGCAAGAGGGCGAGGCUGGAGCCCGGGGAGGAGAGGUAUGCGGCCCCGCUUGGCAGCUGUCGCGCCGGGGCCGGGGAGUCCCUAACCGCUUUGUCUCUAAAUCGGGUUAUACCUGCCUUCUGAACAGACGGGGGGAGAAAAUAACCUCCAAUGGGACUUUGGAACGGAGUGACUCAACUCCUCGUUAACCUAUAAGGGCAGUUUGAUCCCUUGGCGCACCAAGGAGCUGACCUACAUCGGCGGUCCCGGGACAAAGGGAUUACCCGGGCCAUGAUGCGAGCUCUCCGGUCGAUCUGAGUGUGCCUGCCGGGCUGGUAAAGCCCCGACAGAGAUCAACAAGAAGAGACGGAGAAGAAACUGAAAGAGGCCAGAGGGAGCAACGGGCCGGAAAGUUUGAGGAAGAAACUGAAGGGGAACUGUGUUGCUUUUUGUUUCACGGUGAUUCACCGCCAGUAAAAUGAGUCCAAACAAGUAUCUGCUGCUGACUCAAAGUGUGUGUAUGUGUGAAUCAGCAGAGAGUGAUGUGAGUCAGUCACAGAAGAGGUGAAGUGGUUAACGGCUGACCACAGAGCAACACACACACACACACACACACACACACACACACACACACACACACACACACACACACCUUGGACUUCAGGGAAUUUCCUGCCUUUGUGCCGAGAUAUCAGACUCAAACACUGAAAGAGGAAGGACAGUUGAGGCAGACUCACUGCCUCUCACACAUUUAUACACGUAUACACAUUCAACUGCUGCUGUGGACUUUGAUAAAUCAAUGCUACUGCUUAGGGACUGUCCUGUAUACUGUGUUCACAUGGUGCUUUGGAAAAAAAGAAAAGGCUGGCCAUAUGGUGUUGGAAGCCCAGUAAUCUACACGUUGUGUUCUCAUGUCACUGAAAUGUUUUAAUUCAUGUUUGACCUGUGAAAAAAAAUACCUCACAUUCCAAGCUGCUUUUGAAUUUGCGUGACUGAAGUGAUGGUGUAAAUAUGUCUAAUAAACACAUUGGAAGAGUA